UGAAUUGAUGGCUGAAUGCAAAGGAAACCUGAAGGAAGCAACUGUAUGUGUAUUUUUGUAUGUUCUAGUGCUUCAGUGGAAUUUGGAAAUCUGGAUGAAAGUUCUCUGGUCCAAGCCAGUGGUAAUGACCUUGGAACAGAGGACAGAGAAUUGUUGAAAGCUUAUCAUCACAGUUUUGAUGAUGAAAAGGUGGAUCUGGAGCUGAUUAUGCACUUACUUUACAACAUCUGCAAUAGUUCUGAUGGGGGAGCAAUUUUAAUAUUUCUUCCUGGAUAUGAUGAGAUAGUUAGCUUGAGAGACCGUAUUAUUUUUGAUGACAAGAGAUUUGUUGAUAAUGCCCACAGAUACCAAGUAUUCAUGCUUCAUUCAAAUAUGCAAACUUUGGAUCAGAAGAAUGUGCUUAAAACUCCACCUCCUGGCAUCCGCAAAAUAAUCCUUUCUACUAAUAUUGCAGAAACCAGUAUCACAGUCAGUGAUGUUGUAUUUGUUAUUGAUUCGGGAAAGAUGAAAGAGAAGUCUUUUGAUGCACUGAGUUGUGUUACAAUGUUAAAAACUGUGUGGAUUUCAAAAGCCAGUGCUAUCCAGAGAAGGGGGAGAGCUGGGCGCUGUCGGCCUGGAGUCUGUUUCCAUCUCUUCAGCAGGCUCCGAUUUCAGAAUAUGUUGGAAUUUCAGACUCCAGAACUUCGAAGAAUACCGCUUCAGGAGCUUUGUUUACACACAAAACUACUGGCUCCAGUUAAUUGCCCAGUUGUUGACUUCCUCAUGAAAGCUCCUGAUCCUCCACCAGCUUUAAUUGUGAGAAACGCCAUAGAAAUGCUCAAGAAAAUAGAUGCCAUGGAUGUUUGGGAAGACCUCACUGAACUUGGUUAUCAUCUUGCUGAAUUACCAGUAGAGCCACACCUUGGUAAAAUGGUGCUGUGUGCUGUUGUUUUGAAGUGCCUGGAUCCCAUUCUCACUAUUGCUUGCACUCUUGCAUAUCGAGACCCUUUUGUUCUACCUACGGUGGCCUCUCAAAAGCGUGCAGCUAUGCUGUGCAGAAAACGCUUAGCUGCAGGAACAUUUAGUGACCAUAUGGUGCUCCUCAGGGCUUUCCAGGCAUGGCAGAAGGCACGAAGUGAUGGCUGGGAGAGAGUCUUCUGUGAAAAAAACUUUCUUUCUCAAGCUACAAUGGAAAUCAUCAUAGGGAUGAGAACACAGUUACUUGGUCAGCUUAGAGCUUUAGGUUUUGUCAGAGCCAGAGGAGGUGCUGAUAUUAGAGAUGUUAAUGCUAACUCUGAAAACUGGGCUGUCGUUAAAGCUGCAUUAGUGGCUGGGAUGUAUCCCAAUCUAAUGCAUGUGGACAGGAAAAACCUGGUUUUGACAGGACCGAAAGAGAAGAAAGUGCGAUUUCAUCCUACAUCUGUUCUUAGCCAGCCUCAAUAUAAAAAGAUUCCGCCAUCAAAUGGGCAAGCUGCAGCUGUUCAGGCACUCCCUACUGACUGGCUUAUAUAUGAUGAAAUGACAAGAGCUCACAGGAUAGCAAAUAUCAGAUGUUGUUCAGUUGUAACACCUGUCACUGUGGCACUCUUCUCUGGACCAGCUAGGUUACCACGUAAUGCUUUGCAAGAGCCUUUGUCCUUUCGAGGAAGUAGGGUAUCUAAUGAUGACAGUGAUAGUGGGAUGGAGGACGAAAGAUCCAAUGUGGCACUACUGAAACUAGAUGAAUGGCUCCAUUUCAAACUGGACUCUGAAGUUGCUGGUUUGCUGAUGCAACUCAAACUGAAGUGGCAUAGCUUACUUUUGCGCCGUAUGCGAGCUCCUUCUAAACCUUGGUCUCAAGCUGAUGAAAUAACUAUAAGAACAAUUAUAUCUGUUUUAAGUAUUGAAGAACAGUUUGCGGGUUUGCUGCAGCCUUCAGGAGUUGGUCAGAGGCCAAGGCCUGUUUCUUACAAUGAACUUCCUUCAGCACCUACUUGGAGGUCAACCAGCAGCUCAGCAGAAAAUGAAUUAUCUGAUGAUUCCUCUAAUGCUGAAAAAGUUCUAAGGAAGUCUGCACCUCCAACAUUUCAUCAGCCAAGAAGAUACAAAGAAAAAAAUAUUUUGCCUUCCAAACGAACAUCAGAUGAGAAGUCAGAUCAGUCAUCAGUGAAAUCUACAGGCAGCAGUUGCUAUCCUAGCCCGUGUGCUAGUCCUUCUUCUCCAAUGUCUGGAAAGGAGCUAGAUCCGCAAAUUGGAGAGCAGUUGCUACAGCUCUGGGGUCAUACUACUUCAGCAGGAAAAACCUCAACUGACAAUGUAAAGUUAUAAAAUAGAACCCUGGUUAUCAAAACAUUACUUAAAGCCAGAAAUGUGCCUACAAUGUAAAGAUGAGGAAGAAGAUGGUGCAACAAGCUCUGAAAUCGUUAGUGAUGCUGUGCAGCUAGCACUGGAAGAAUAAAAGGAAAUAUAGUUGAUUAUAAUAUUUUUCAUGUAUUAACAAAAAUCAUAACAUUGUUCACCAGUCUGAUUUCAAGUGAAUUAUUUUUUUCUAAAAUAAGAUAUUCAGUAUGUAGGUGAUCUUCAGAAAUAUGAUUAAAUUAAAAACAAAAUUUGAAAUAGUGCUUACUGGGUUUUAAAUAGCACAGCAAGUACAAUUUGAACUGCUUAAGUACACAGUAACAUUCAAAGAUUUUUCAUCAUAAGCGGUAAAGAAACCAGUGUAUUAUUAAUUGGUCUUGCAGGUUCUUGAAAUCAAAUAAAUUUCAUUUACUAAAAUGAAUAAAAGAUUCCCUUAAGUAUUAAUUGAAAUUCCAUUUGAGAAGUCAGUAUGUAUUCAUACAAACAAUUGUUGAGCAGCUGGAGAAUAUUGAAGUUCAUUUAAAUACGUAAAUCAAAGGGAGUGUGAGACUCCUUUGAGAGUUGUCUUGUUCGAUAUUUGCUCCCAGUUUGUAGUUUUACACCUUUUUAAAGAUGAGUGUAGUUUACUAAGUCUCAAUUGCGUGGUAAUAAGUGAAAAUCUAAUAGGGCACCAAUGUGGGCAUUCUUAGAAGAUGAUUAGGGUUCAUUAAAAAAAUAACUGCCAGCAUAGCUUUCUUUGUUUUACCAAGUUUCUCUUUACAGGUUAACUUCUUGGAUUGUAAGAUUAGUGUAAAUUCACUCUAUUUGCUGUCAGCACAAUGUUUGUAAUUGAUCUUAAAAUAAACAGAGACUUCUCUGCCUAUGAGCCUGCUCUUAUGUUCUUGAUGUUUACUAAAGUGUUCAUACAGAGUGCAGAAUACUCCAUUCAUUCUUGCGUGCUGUGUAGUGACUGCCAAUAUGCAUACUCAAUUGGUAUUGACUUUACAGGUCUACCUGGAUCCUUGUAAAGCUGGUAUUGCCUGACAGGGUAUUUCUAGAGAUCAUGUAUACAAUGAAGGUGUAAGGCUAGUGUCAUGUUCUUCGGUAUUGCUGAGCUGUAGCAUGCAAAACAAUGUGGACUUGUAUUGCCUUGUACAGUGUUUUAGAAUCCUGUGCAUGUGAGAGUUAGAACUGGAUGGGUAGCAGGAAUGGGAUGUGACUGGUCAACAAGCUGAAAAUGGCGCUACUGUGAUGUGACAAUAAAAAUGAUCGUCUGUUCA